GUGGCGGUCAGUAUUGAAGUGAGACUCGUGUAGCGUGGGAGGAUCUUCGUCCUUCUUCCUUGUGGAACUUGCUAGACAGAGGUCUUCCUCUUCCUCCUGUUCCUCUUCCUCCUCCUCCUCUCUCCUCUUCCUCCUCCUCCUCAAGAAACUUCGCCGGGAUGAGCGGCGGGCAUCAGGCACUGGUGAGGAUGGAGAGCGUGCUGGAGGACCGUGAGCGCUACGGCGUGCCCGACGCCAUCCUGCUCGAGGACUACCAGAACGAGGCCGUGUUCAUCGACAACCUCAAGAAGCGCUACCAUGAGAACGUCAUCUACACCUACAUCGGACAGGUGUUGGUGUCUGUCAACCCGUACAAGGACCUUGGUCUCUACACCGACGCCCUGCUGGAGAAGUACAGGAACGUCAAUUUCUACGAAGUGCCACCUCAUGUGUUCGCCAUCACAGAGAACGCCUACAGGACCAUGACGUCCGAAGUGGCAGACCACUGCAUCCUCAUCUCGGGCGAGUCGGGCGCGGGCAAGACGGAGGCGAGCAAGCAGGUCCUGCGAUUCCUGGCGGCGACGUCGCUCCACCGGCGGGAGAUCGACCGCGUCCGGGACCGCCUCCUCCAGAGCAACCCGCUGCUGGAGGCCUUCGGAAACGCCAAGACCAACAGGAACGACAACUCCUCGCGCUUUGGGAAGUACAUGGACAUCGAAUUCAAUUUUAAGGUGAGGAGGGGAGGUGCCGGGAGGGGUAGCUGUGGCAGCCUGUGUUUGGGUCUCUCAUGCCAGCCCUGCCAGAGGCCUGGCUUGGGACUCUCAUGCCAGCCCUGCCAGAGGCCUGGCUUAAGAUACUCAUGCCAGCCCUGUCAGAGGCCUGGCUUGUGA